AGCAGAGCAUCUCUUCACGCAUCAGCAUCACGGGGGUUUUAAUCGCUCUCUCUCUCUCCAUCACCGAAACGUAGGAGGCGCUGAUCAAACCUGUGGAGUGAGUCUCUCGCUCUCUCUCUCUCUCUCUCUCUCUCUCUCUCUCUCUCUCUUUCCUGUCUGUCUGGUCUUGAGGAUCACUACACACACCUCGCCUGUGGAUUAGUUGUAGUUUAGAAACAAUAAAACAGGAUUUUCUGGCUCUUCAUACAAGGAAAUCUCAGCUGUCAUUCCGGAAGACUCAUCCUAUUGUCGCCUUGAGUAACCUACAGUUGAAGCGAACAGCUGUGAGCGCGUGUCAUCCGGGAGCCAAUCAAGCAGCCAUGGACUCGUUAAUGAAGGGUCUCUAUCGAGCCAAGGAUGGGGUCGCGGCGGCGGCUGAGAAAACCAAGCAGGGAAUGACUGGAGCGGCCGAGAUGACGAGAGAUGGGGUUAAGUUUGUCGGCAACAAAACAGUGGAUGGAGUCACAACAGUUGCCGGUAAAACUGCUUCUGUGGGAGGAGCUAUGGUUACCGGGGUAACUGCUGUGGCCCAUAAAACUGUGGAGAGUGCUGGCAGCAUUGCUGCUGCAACUGGAUUGGUCAAGAAGGAUCCAGCCAAAAAAGGUGAGGAUCCCUCGGCAGUGCAGACCCUGGCAGAGUCACCAGUUGACAAUGAUCCUGCUGAUAUCACAGAGGAGGACUCUGAUAACUGAACGGAUCAAGAGCGUCACAAUCAAAGAUCAACAGAUCAACAACCGAAACAUUCCAUGUCGCUCUGCCAAGUCCCGUUGUGCCUCGUUUUUUCGUCCUUACCUGGAGUCUGUAUCCAACGUCUGUCUGUGUGUGCGUGUGUGAUGUCACAUAUGUAUGUACAGCAGUGUGUGUAAAUGUUGUAGAUAAAUAAAAAUAAAAGAUGAUUUUUGUGUGCGUGUGUCUGUGUGUGUGACUUAUACACAUCAGUCCUAAAGCAGACCUCAGGUGUGCAUCUGUGACCAGCUGUCCUUUACAGUGUUUCCCUUCCACUGAGAACGCCUCCUGGUCACUGUGUGUGAGUGAGUGUGAGUGUGUGUGAGUGAGUGUGAGUGUGAGUGUGUCUUUAUGUUCAACAAUCUACAUGUGGCUAUGUCAAUAACUCAAACAUGGAACUAUACUACAUUUUACCACUUAAAACACCUAAGUGUCUCUAUAUAAAUGAACUCAAUACAGUGAUCUGUCUGAAACGGAGGCAUAAUGAUAUUCUCUAUUUUUGUCCGUACAAUGUCACUGUUUUUUGGCGAUGAGCUUUAAAGUGCUGGACUUUUUUUGUGCAUACAUGUUGUAUUUUUUAGGUUGUCAGUGCUAUUAAAGAUGUAGAUCAUGUUGAAUGGACUUGGAAAAACCAAGAGCAUGUAAAAGUAGACGGGUUUACAGCUGUGAGGUGUGUUUAUUUGGAGUGUUAGUGUUGAAUAAAAUAUGUAAAGAGUG